UAAAUAAAAUAAAUGUGUUAAUUUAAUUUCAAUACUUCUUUUCAAGAAUUGUCUAACGUAAAAAAAUGUUGAUUGACGCUCAAGAUGACGUCUCAAGUGCAUAUUGAAAGUUUGAAGGCUUAUCUUCUAAACAGAGAUCAACAAAAUUAGUUGAAAUUAUUGUUUGCGUAUACGUUUUCAAAACUAUGUAAACGCUAUACAAACCAAACAUUUUUAUUGAUGGCUGAGAUGAUUAUCCAGAAGCAAUUUGGCCUCCCUAAACAACACUUGGCGCGACUAUCUGUUCACUAGACACACUUCAAAAAUCCCAAUCAAUUAUUUCGAUGGCUUCUGACUGCAAAAAUAAUAUUUGAACUUACCUACCACUUUUUUCCUUCAUUGUGAAGUGACUAUGAAGAAAUCUCAUGAUCAUCUAAAAUAGCUCAAAACCUGAUCAAAUUUUGAAAGAAAUUUCAUUCAUGUCAUAGAAGAUUUGAUGAUAAAGUUGUGAGAUAAUUGACCAGUUAAUUUUACAAUCUGUUUCUGGUCCCUGCAACUUAUUUUUUCUUUCAUUUGACUUCUGUCUCGAGAUGUGUAAUUAUGAUUGCAUUGUGUAAACAAAUAUUUAAGGAAAUAAAGUGAACCUAACAGA